AUGUCACAGAAGAGCAGUCCUCUGACUCUGGUGCUGAUGGUUGCCUCUGCAGCCAUUGGAGGAACUCUUCAGUAUGGGUACAACCUCGCUAUAAUCAACGCUCCCACCACUUUUAUUCAAACUUUUAUCAACGAGACUUUCCUGCAGCGAUGGGACAUCCAGUUGGAGGACUACCAGGUGAUGCUGUUGUGGACAAUCAUCGUCUCCAUCUUCUCGUUGGGGGGGUUUGCAGGAGCUCUUAUUGCAGGACCUAUGACGAUACGCUUCGGGAGAAAAAAAAGUCUGCUGCUGAAUAAUAUUUUCCUCAUGAGCGGUGCUCUCUUAGCGCUAACGAGUCGAGCUGCCAAGUCUUUUGAGAUGAUCAUCAUCUCACGUGUCCUUAUCGGGAUAAACGCUGGAAUCAGCAUGAACGUGCAGCCCAUGUAUUUUGGAGAAAGUGCACCGAAACACUUAAGAGGAGCCAUUUCUUUGUCCUCGGCUGUUUUCACAUCGUUCGGGGUUGUGUUAGGACAGGUGGUUGGACUCAGGGAGAUUUUGGGAAGUGAGGAGUGUUGGCAGUACCUUCUAGCCAGUAAUGCCAUUCCUGGCUUCAUCCAGCUGUUGACCCUGCCGUGGUUCCCAGAGAGUCCCAGAUACCUGCUCAUCGACAGAGGCGAUAAAGAGGCCUGUCUUAAUGCUCUGAGGCGUCUGAGGGGCUGUGAGGUCCAGAGCGGCGAGCUUGAUGAGAUCCUGCAGGAACAAGCCGAAACCAAAGGCAUGAGACCAAGCCGACCCUGGGAGCUUUUCAUGGAUCGUUCCGUGCGCUGGCAGCUCAUCUCCGUCAUCAUCAUCAGCAGCGCCAUGCAGCUCUGUGGGAAUGACUCUAUCUACUUCUAUGCAUCUUGUGUUUUUAAAGAGGCAGGAAUGUCCAAUGAUCAAAUUCAGUAUAUCACUGUUGGCACUGGGACCUGUGAAUUCACAGCCUGCAUUAUGUGUAACCUGCUGGUGGAGCGUAAAGGUCGGAGAUUCAUGUUGAUGGGAGGGUUCCUUUUUAUGACCAUCUGGGCCAUCGUCUUCACAAUCGCACUCUCAUUUGAGCGCUAUAUAUCUUGGAUGCCUUACCUGAGUAUGGCCUGCAUCUUUGCCUAUAUUCUCAGCUUCGGUAUGGGGCCAGCCGGAGUGACUGGCGUUCUUCCUACAGAGAUCUUCAAUCAGACUGCUCGACCAGCUGCUUACAUGAUCGCUGGCUCCAUGAUGUGGCUCAACCUGUUUGUUGUUGGGAUGCUCUUCCCAUUUCUGGUGAGUGGAUUGAGAGAGUACUGUUUUGUGCCGUUUGGAGCUGUCUGCCUGUCAUCAGCGCUGUACAUCGGCCUGUUUCUGCCUGAAACGAAGGGAAAGUCUCUGGCAGCCAUCACAAGGGAAUUCCACAAACUGAACUUUAAAGGCCUGGAAAAAUAUUCAGAAUCACAGGCUCAAACUCAGUAUCAGCUGGGUGAAGUGUGUCUUUCAACAGCUUUUUGA